CCGAAAACACCAACUGGAAAAUCUGCGCCAAUUAAGCCACACUUGCUCUAACGGCACUUCCUGCCCCAUUUAAAAGUAAUGUUAUGCCGUUUCACGCUAAAAAGAUACGAAAAUUGCCACAUCCGCUACGACAAAAUUUAACUCCAGCACGCAGACCUCUCUUCAGUUCAUUCUCGGUCUUCAAAAUCACCAUGACUCACCCCAGUGUGCUCCUUCUUCUAUUUCUAGUCGUACCCCAAACCCCAAAAAUUCAAGCCAACAACAUCAUCGACGUCGACGACAUCCUCGCCGAGGACUUCAUGCCCGGAACCAUCCUCAUGCUCGAAAACCCGAAAACCGAGAAUUUAAACGACAGCGUCGGUGUCAGUUCACAGGAGGGCGAUGGGAGUUUUAUGACAGCCAUGGAAACCAUGGGUUUCCACAGGUCGAUGAUGAACGAAUAUUUGUGUCGGAGUUACAUCGCUGAGGAAAUCAUUCACGAUAUGACGUUGUCGAGGAUAAAAAGGAGGAUGGGGGUGGGUGCUCCUGGGAUACAGAUGAGGACUUCGAAGGAUCAGGAGUCCGUGAAAAAUCAACUUCUGGCGGAUGAAGGGUCCUCAAACUAUAAAGACUGGUUAUCGAAAAGCACUACCUUAGAAGAUAUCUACCGCCACUAUGACAACGUCAACAACAGGGUGGACGAAGAAACUGAUAAAGAAGGUGACUUCAAUGAAGACUACGAUGCUCAAAUAGCAGGUUAUAGCUACCAACAACAACAACAACAGCAACAACAGCAGCAGCAUCAUCAACGUGGACCACAACAAAUGACUCCGGCUAAACUAGGUCAUGGUGGUGGCGAUGGAGGGAUGUACUUUUCGGGUGGUGGCGGCGGCUACCCAUACUCCCAUGGAAGCCCCCAUGGUGGCGGCGGGUACUCUUACAGCGACAUGGCCGUCCAUGGUGGCCACCCAGAACCCGAGCACGUCAUCCAGGAGCAACCAAAGUACCAUAUCAUCCAUGAAGAGAGCCACAGCGAAAAAGAGCACGACCUUUCCGACUUGUUCGAGAUCGCUCUAACAGCUCUGGCUUAUCUAUCGUUCGGGAUGUUCAUAAUACACGUAAUUAUGUGUAUUUCGAUGGCUAGUAACCCAACUACGACUGCAACGGCCAUGAUGAUGCCCAUGAGCAUGAGCCCGACAUCAACUGGUAUGACUGGGGGUGGUAUGACGGGCACUGGUGGUGGUACCAGCACAGGUGGCGGGACCAUGCCUGGUACCGGAACUGGUGGCGGCGACACCAUGCCCGGUACCGGCACUGGUGGGGAGACCAUGCCCGACACUGGAGACGGGGGUACGGGGGAUGGAGGUGGUACCACGAGCACGGGAGACGGAGGCGGUGCUACAGGGGAUGGUGGCACAGGGGAUGGAGGUGGAACCACGGGUACGGGAGACGGAGGAGACGGCGGCACAGGGGACGGCGGUGGUGCCACGGGAACAGGGGAUGGAGGCGGUGCCACGGGUACGGGAGACGGAGGAGACGGCGGCACAGGGGAUGGCGGUGGUGCCACGGGUACGGGAGACGGAGGAGAUGGCGGCACAGGGGACGGCGGUGACACGGGUGGUGGCGGCGACGCAGACGGAGAGUCUACAGGCGGUGGUUCCACAGGUACUGCUACAGGAACGGCGACAGGUACAGGGUCGGGGACGUCUCCGACAGGGACAGCUACCGGUACCGGAGAUGGUGGUGAUGGUACUGGAGGGACUGGACCCACGAGUACUGCGCGGGAUACCAUCAAGUUUCGGUACAGGAGAGAUAUACCGACGAUCACGAAUCCGCACAAUCAGGCCCUGAAUGAGUUGGCUAGGAGGAUUUUGGCGUCGAUUGAGGCUGCCUUUAUUGCGAAUGAGGAUGAUGGGAACUGUCUGAGGCAGACUCUUUGUGAAAAUAAUAAAUAUUCUAGGAGUGUUGAGGGGAAUAAUAAGAUUCUUAUUCCCGUGUGGAGUUUAGGCAUGAGCUGGAUUUCGGGACGCCUUACGAAAAAUGUGAAUCCAGCCACGUCGAUGCUCGACAGUCUGAAAGCUUCGAUUCUGGGCCUGGGAAAAGCACACUGCGACGUCGUUUACCAAAACUGCGAUCUGCGCCUACAAAAACAGGAAAGACGCAGAAGAAGAAAAAGAAAUGUUGAAGGAAACCUCAAUAAAAAACACCGAUAA